AUGCCAACCAUUCUCUCCACCUUCGGUUUCCUUCUCCUCCUUCUCCUUAUCAGCCAUGACGGUGGCUUCUUCACCGGAGCCGCCGAUGCCGAACAUAACCUCAGAGCAACCGAUUUCCAUACUCAUCGCCACCGUCGCCACCGCGGCCACCGUCGUCGCGGAGAAGAGUUUGAGUACUCAGCCGUAUCUUGUAGAGCUUACUCAGCGUCUCUUGACGAGUUCGGUGCCGUAGGAGACGGUGUGACUUCAAAUACGGCGGCGUUUCGUGAUGCAGUCUCACAACUUAGCCGUUUCGCUGACUACGGUGGCUCAUUGUUGUUUGUUCCCGCCGGUCGGUGGCUCACCGGAAGUUUUAACCUCACUAGCCAUUUCACGCUUUUCCUCCACCGUGAUGCUGUUCUCCUAGCCUCCCAAGAAGAGAGUGACUAUGAAGUGAUAGAGCCAUUGCCUUCGUACGGACGAGGGAGAGACACUGAUGGUGGAAGAUUCAUCAGUCUACUUUUCGGUUCAAACUUAACCGACGUGGUUAUCACCGGUGAGAAUGGGACUAUUGAUGGACAAGGAGAGCCAUGGUGGGGAAAAUUCAAGAGAGGAGAGUUAAAAUACACAAGACCUUAUUUGAUUGAGAUUAUGCAUUCUGAUGGUAUCCAAAUCUCCAAUCUCACUUUCUUGAAUUCUCCUUCUUGGCAUAUUCACCCGGUUUACAGCAGCAACAUUGUUAUCCAAGGUUUGACGAUAUUAGCACCGGUCACGGUACCAAACACCGAUGGUAUCAACCCAGAUUCUUGUACGAACACAAGAAUUGAGGACUGUUACAUUGUUUCCGGCGACGAUUGUAUCGCCGUGAAGAGUGGAUGGGAUCAAUAUGGAAUCAACUACGGCAUGCCUACGAAACAGCUCUUGAUCCGACGGCUCACAUGCAUUUCACCGGACAGCGCCGUGAUCGCUCUUGGCAGUGAAAUGUCCGGCGGAAUUGAGGAUGUUCGAGCAGAAGAUAUUGUUGCCAUUGACUCAGAAUCUGGAAUCAGGAUCAAAACAGCUAUUGGACGAGGAGGAUACGUGAAGGAUGUAUAUGUAAGAGGAAUGACAAUGAAGACGAUGAAAUACGUUUUUUGGAUGACCGGAAGUUACGGUUCGCAUCCGGAUGAGCAUUAUGAUCCGAAUGCUUUACCGGUGAUUCAGAACAUCAAUUACCAAGAUAUGGUAGCAGAGAACGUGACAAUGCCGGCUCAAUUGGCUGGAAUAUCGGGAGAUCAGUUUACUGGAAUAUGUAUCUCUAACGUGACCAUCACGCUUUCGAAGAAACCUAAGAAAGUGCUUUGGAAUUGUACGGAUGUUUCGGGUUACACGAGCGGAGUGACUCCUCAGCCGUGUCAGUUGUUGCCGGAGAAGGAGCCGGGGACGGUUGUGCCGUGUAAUUUCCCGGAAACUCCGAUUCCUAUUGAAGAAGUGAAGCUCCAACGUUGCUACUCUAGAAGAAGGAAUAUGUGA